AUGGUGCGAGUGAUCUCGCUUGGCUCAUCCUUCGCUGCAGGGCCCGGCAUCGACCCUCAAAGCAACCUCGAUGCAGGGCGAAGCUUCAACAACUACCCCAACCUCUUCGCGCGCAAGCUCGGCCUCGAUCCUACCGAUACCUCUCAGUUUCUCGACCUGACUGUUUCAGGCGCGACGCUGCUCAACGUCAACACGGACCCCCAGACUGCGGGUAAUACGACGUUUCCGCCUCAGCUCGAUUCCCUUCCUCCUGUGCAAGAUGGCGAUGACGGCAGCGACCUGGUCAUCACCAUCACGGGCGGUGGCAACGACAUGUUCUACAUCGGCAGCAUGUUCGCCUGGACGCUCAAGCACACGCUGUGGGGCAAGCUGGUCACAUGGCUGCUGAUGAGGCGGGAAGAACGCGAGUGGCUCGAGCAACCAACAGUCGCGACGCCGGAGCAGGUCAGCCAGCGCUUCGCGUUUCUUCUCGACAGCCUCAGACAAAGGUACCCCAAAGCAAAGAUCUACCUCGUUGAGUACUUCGCCAUGAUUGGCCCCGACACUGUUGCUGGGAAAGACGUUGGCUGGGAUCAACAGCAGAUACAGCGGUAUGAGGAGACGGCGGAACUGCUGCAGAAGCUAUACAAACAGGCAGCGGGGGAUCGACGCGGGGUUCAUGUCGUUCCGUUGGCAGAGGUGUCGAAGAAGCACGCACUGGGGUCGCCGGAGCCGUGGGUGUCGGAUGGCUCGCUCUUGAACUUCUACAGGCACGGGGCAUACCAUCCUAACCUCAGAGGGAUGCAGGCGGCAAGCGAGAUCCUUUUGGACUUCCACGAGAAGCUGCAGUCGCAAGAUAAGUGUCCAUGA